AUGGCGGAGUCCAGCGCGCUCGAGGAGCUGCAGUCGGAGCUCACCUGUCCCGUGUGCCUCGAGCUGUUCCGGGACCCGGUGAUCCUGGAGUGCGGACACCACUUCUGUCAGGUGUGCAUCAUCCAGUGUUGGGAGGCCAAGGCGGACGAGAUCUCCAGCUGUCCCAAGUGCAGGAAGUCGUGCGCCCGCAGGCUCAGACCCAACUCGCUGCUGUGUAACGUGGUGGACAGCGUGCGCAGAGCGCGCGCCAUGGACGCGGCGGCCGCGGGGACGUCCGGAUGGGACUACGAGGGCUCUCCCAACUGGACCCUGGAGGAACCAGAACGCGGGUCCACCAUGGGCAGCGAGGCCUCGUCCAUUGGACACUGGCAGCACCUGCUGGACAUGUGUGAGGAGCACGAGGAGAAGCUGAAGCUGUUCUGUGAGGACGACCAGCUCCCCAUCUGCCUGGUGUGCGGGAUGUCCCGGGACCACAAGACCCACAAUGUCAUCCCCAUCACUGAGGCCUUUGAGAACUACAGGGACAAGCUGUCCGUGGCGUUGGAGCAUGUUCAGCUGCAGACAGAGGAGGCCACGCUCGUCCAGAAACGGACCAACGACAAAAUCCUCCUCGUUAAGGUUGCUUGA